AUGGCCGACUCGCUAAGGAGGCUGGUGAACACAUCUUCCUUCAGCGUUCUACAGGACAAACUUGAGUCCUGGUACAAGGACUACCAUGUCAUCUCCUGUGAUCAGAAUCUGAACAGGUGCUGUGAAUUGGUAGAGCUCACCUCCAAGAUACAGGGUCAACUCUUCACCAUCCUCAACUUCACUGCUAGAGAGGGUGGUCACUAUGCAGGAGUGGAUGUACUCAAAUCACGCCUGCUGCCUUGGUUGGGGACCUGUUUCUCCAUGGCAACCUCCUCUGUCACCAACGACACCAGCCUCAACCUCAUCCAGGAGUCUGUGGAGAAGGAGAGGAAAAUCAGGGAGCUGUCUGCCUCCCAUGAGAAUGACAUGCAGAAGAUGGAGACUCAGCUGUGCUCCACUCACCUACAGCUGGACUCUGUCAAACAGGAACUGGCGGAUGCUCAUCUGCAACUGGACAACACAAAAAACAUGUCAGCCACAACUCUGCUGGCCACCGAGGAUGAGAUACUACAGCUGAAAGCAGAGUUGCGUGUGGCCCGUGACCAGGUGGAGACCUAUAAGAGGAAGCUGGAUGUUCUGGAUGACUAUGAGAGACAGGUGCGUCUGCUGAGGGAUGAGGUGUCUUUCCUCACAGCAGAGAAGAGCAUGCUGCAGGAGAGGUUGGUGAGGAGUUGUUCCCCCAGCCCCCUGGCCAGACAGAGCCGCCCCUCCAGCCCUCUGAAGAGUGAGUCUCCCACCCGGGCCCAGCUCACCAAUUCGUCCCGCCACGCCAGGCUGGUGUCCCGCUUCAGUGACUUGUACGCUGUGGAGCGCCUGGAGGCCCAGAGUCUGCUCCGACGCUACAUAGACGACCUGGAGAUGGUCCAGAGAAUCAUCUUCAUUGCCACUGUGGAGGCCUUCCAGGCAGCCAAGCUGGCCUACCGUCAAUUCAAGCUGCGAGUGAAGAAGACCCUGUCACCGUCCCACCUGGGGCCAGAGACCCUGGAGGACUCGGUCGUGGACUAUAUCGUCAGGAACCUGGACCUCUACGACGUGCAGGCCAGUGUUAAUGACGUGAUCAACGCCAUGAAUGUAAACCCACGGAUCUCCUUCCCCCCGGAGGUGAACUUUGCCCUGAUCAACAGCUUCAUCCGGGAGACAUGCAGAGUGGCUUUCGCCAUGCAGACACUGGACCCUCCUCUGGACCUGGCUUUCACCAGCGGUGGAGAACUCUACAGCGACAACAAGUAUCGUCGUAGCUAUGACUCUGAGUUUACUGCUCCUCUGGUGGCGUACCAUGUGUGGCCAGCACUGGUGGAGGGGGACGGUGUCAUAGUGAAGGGAGAGGCAGUCACCAGGAGAGGAGCUCUGUGGAGGAGCAGAAGCAGGAGCUGCAGUCCUGUUCGCUCUGGCAGCCCCACACGCACUCUCGGUUUUAGUCGCAGCAGAAGCCCCUCUCCCGGACGUCUCUCCGCCAGUCGCCUGUAA